GCGUUACCACUUCCUUUCUAGGCUGAGAGAGUUUGUGGAAGCGAAGUGUGAGGUGGAGAGAAGUGUGUUUAGUUAGUAAAGAAGCUGUAGCUAUGGCCCCCAGCACACAAGAGGACGAUACCGUCUCCAGUUUACGGAAAGGCAUACGAGCCAUUCUGCUCGGGCCGCCCGGCGCCGGGAAGGGGACGCAGGCACCCAAGCUUGCGGAGAAAUACUGCGUGUGUCAUUUAGCUACUGGGGACAUGCUGAGGGCCAUGGUGGCAUCUGGCUCAGAGCUUGGCCAGCGUCUAAAGGAAACCAUGGAUGCCGGCAAACUGGUGAGUGAUGAGAUGGUGGUGGAGCUCAUAGACAACAACCUGGACACGCCAGCAUGCAAGAAUGGAUUCCUCCUGGACGGAUUUCCCCGCACCGUUAAACAAGCUGAAAUGCUGGACGACCUCAUGGAGAAGCGUAGUGAGAAACUGGACUCUGUUAUUGAGUUCUCUGUCGAUGACUCCCUGCUGGUCCGCAGGAUCUGUGGAAGGCUCAUUCAUCAGCCCAGCGGGCGAUCUUAUCACGAAGAGUUUCAUCCUCCCAAGGAGCACAUGAAGGAUGAUGUGACCGGGGAACCUCUGAUCCGCCGUAGUGAUGAUAAUGAAACUACUCUGCACUCUCGACUAGAGUCUUACCACAGGCAGACGUCUCCUCUAGUGCAGUACUACAGCGCCCGCGGCCUGCACACUGCUAUUGAUGCUUCUCAGUCCACCGACCUCGUCUUUGCCUCAAUCCUCGCUGCCUUCUCUGCUGCUACCUGUAAAGAUCUUGUUUAUUUUGUCUAAAUAAUCUCUGCAUCUCCUCUUCCUUGUAUGCUUUAUAGCCAUUUAAUUCUUUUCGUGCUUUGUGGCAAAACAUGGCUGUUUUGAGGAAAAAAAAUAAAUAUUAAAUGUGAUUGUAGAACUCAAGCUAAAUGUAACGUCUCAUUGAUUAGGAUUACAUACAAUUGUUAAGAAGCCUUCAUUUUACGAUGGUUCUGUAGCGCUUUUUCUUUAACCAGACACCUGUAAAAAGGUAUGGUUAUGUCAUUUACACUAAAUGAAAUGUAGUAAUUACUAAGCCUUUCUGGUUGUCUUGAGUCUUGUAGUAAUGCAUGAUGUCCAGCAGGGGUCGUAUAAAUGCCUGGUUACAUUACUGAAUGAAAGAAAUGAAUCAUUAAAUGCUUUAUUGCUUA